AUGGUGGCUGGUACAGUAGUUGAGUCGUCUGAUUUCAAUUGGGAAUACGACCUCACUGCAGAAGGUCAAUGCAAAGGGGGUCUCUCCUGUGGGAGCUCAUACGGUCAUCCUGCCCCACCAAGCAAGUUCAAAGAGGAUGGAAGCCAUCGAUGGACGCAAGCUCUUGAUGGGUACGACCCAUUGGAUCCUCAUGCAAAUAUAACCAUUACAUGGGAUCUCAUGAUUGAUAAUGGUGAGACAUAUGAUUGGGAUGAAUCGCGUGUUACCUUGCCGUCGGCUUUGUUGGGUGCAGCUGUUUGGGAUGAGUUGAAAGAGGAAAAGGUAUCACUUCACAAUUUCCAAUUAUUCCGGCAUGUAGAGCGGCCUGGAUGGAAAUUGAGUUGGACAUGGAAAGGCGACGAGGCAAUAUGGGAUAUAUGGGGAGCAGAGGCCACCCAGCAAGGAAACUGCUCUAGAAUCAGGGGUCCAGUGCUUCCUCAUUGUUGUGAGAAGCAGCCAGUGAUUGUUGAUCUCAUGCCAGGAGCACCUUAUAACAAGCAGUCUGCCAAUUGUUGCAAGGGAGGUGUGCUAACAUCCAUGACACAAGAUCAUAGUAUGUAUGUUGCUGCUUUUCGGAUGAAUGUUAAGAAAGCUUCUGGUAACAAUACAUCAGAUGGCUUCAUGCCAGUAAAUUUCAAUCUUGGUCUUCCCGGUUAUACCUGCGGAGACCCAUUUCAGGUCCCACCAAGCAAGUUCAAAGAGAAUGGAAGCCGUCGAUGGACACAAGCUCUUGAGACUUGGAAUGUAACCUGUAUUUACUCCCAAUUUCAAGCAUCACCUGCGCCAAAAUGUUGUGUUUCCUUGUCUGCAUUCUACAAUAGUACCAUUGUUCCUUGCCCCCAGUGCAGCUGUAAUUGCAACGAGCUGGAUGGAGCAAAAUGUGUAAAGUCUGCUGAAGCAGCUCCUAUGUUGGAACUACCACAUGCAAGUGAAGAAGAAGCACAACCUUUGGUGAGGUGUUCUCAGCACAUGUGCCCUAUACGGGUGCAUUGGCAUGUGAAAGAAAGUUACAGAGAAUAUUGGCGGGUCAAGAUCACAAUCACAAACCUAAAUUUUGUCAAAAACUAUUCCAAGUGGAACUUGGUGGUGCUUCACCCCAACUUCAGAAACGUCACUCAAGUUUUCAGUUUCAACUACCAGCCCCUAAGCCCUUAUGGAAACAUCGAUGAUACAGGAAUGUUUUGGGGGAUUCCGUUCUACAACGACAUGUUACUUCAAUCGGGACCGAGCGGAAACGUACAAACCGAGAUGCUACUGCACAAAGAUCCGGGUGUCUUCACUUUUAGAGAAGGAUGGACUUUCCCAAGAAGAAUUUCGUUUAAUGGAGAUGAAUGUGUCAUGCCCCCUCCAGAUGAAUACCCUUGGCUCCCCAGCAGUGGUCAUAGUGCCACAGUAAGGCCUUUGAUAAUUCUUUUCUUCUUGUUAUUGCUUAUAGCAGUACUUUGAACAGAAAGUGUCUGCAUUAGAGAUUAGAACUCAUGAUUAUAAAUAGAGUAGUAAU